GGUCUGCUGCUGUCCAAUAACCAGCCAUGAUCCUCCAGGCGGCUGCACUCUGUGUCCUCUUCUGCUCCGUCCACAGUUUCACCGUUCAGGGUCCUUUAGAAAAAGGGGAGGAGUACUCUGGCAACACCAUUGAGGAUGACGAGUUCAGCGUCUCCACGCUGUUAGAGAAGGCCAAUAUUAAUGUUGGAAAGAACUUCGAUGACCCUCUGGUGAUGUUUGGUGACAUCGCGGUGCCAACAGGGCUAGAGAACGCCGAUCCCUGCACACGACGAGGUUGCUUGUGGCCCAAAGCCAGCGAUGGCAACGUCUACGUCCCCUACCGCAUCUCCAGAGACUACGACCGAGGACAGAGAAAUACCAUCAUCCAAGGUCUGCGUUCCUUCGCUGAUUCCACCUGCAUCCGCUUCACCCCCUUAAACAGACAGGCGGACUUUGUGGACAUCCAGUCACGCUCCGGCUGUUUCUCGUUUAUCGGGCGUCGGGGUCGAGGCCAGGUUGUGUCUUUGAGUCGCCAAGGUUGUGUUUUCCGGCAAAUCAUCCAACACGAGCUGCUGCACGCCCUGGGCUUCAACCAUGAGCAGACCCGGUCCGACCGGGACCAGCAUGUUCGCAUCUUGCUGGAUAACAUUAUUCCUGGAAUGCAGAGAAACUUCAGGAGGAUCCGAACAUUGAACCUUGGCACUCCCUACGACUACAACUCUAUCAUGCACUAUGGAAGGUUCGCCUUCUCUAGGAACAGGAUGCCGACCAUCCUUCCCAUCCCCGACAGCAAUGUCUCCAUCGGCAGAGCCACCCGGAUGAGUCCCACGGACAUCCUUCGGGUGAACCGCCUCUAUGGCUGCAAUUCGACUGCUCCCAGCCCUGACCUGAAACCUGUGCAAAGGAAGCAUUUCCUCUAGAGAUGGAAGUCUAUCGUCAACGCGAUGUAACGAAAUCAAGAGGAAAUGAGACAAAGUGAUGCAACCUCUUUAUUUUGGUCAUCUAAGGACAACUACAAAUGUGUCUUGUGCUUUCUGAACUCCCUUUAAUGAGGCUUUGAUGAAAUAUAUUUGUGCUGUUCUUAUGAGAAAUAAAAGUGUCCAUCAUCAUAAAUGUACCCCAACAUAACUAACUGCUCAUGAGCUUGAUAUAUAUAUUAAUAAUGAAUAAUAAUAACAAUAUUUACAUAUCUUAAAAUUAGCAUGUGUGUGUUUGCUCCAUAUUUGAACCUAAAUAAGAAACAACUGAAACUCAAGGUUCCUCUAACACAGGGAUAAGCACACCAACAAUACAUGUGAAGGGUUUUCUGGAACUGUUGAGGUGCCUCUCGUUCCUCUACCUCGUUCAGUCAUCGGCAGUUACACGGAUGGUUAUUUAUCGUCAUGUUUGUCUGCACCCCGCUCUCCACAGAGACCCGCCCAGAAGUCCGGAGAAUCCACCAAAUGUUCCUUUUUUUAUUAUUUUAAAACUCUUUGUUCCAAGUGUGGGUUUUACUUUGUUACUGUCACGAAUUCCCCACCAUCCUAGUUAAAUUAAUCCUGUUUACACGUUUAAUUAACUCUCCUGUCAUUCCAGAUAUUGUCAUCCUCACCUGAUUGUCCCUCAUUCCCUUCACCUGGUCCUCACGCCCUUCUCACCUGCAGCCCAUCCCCUCAUUAGUCCCUCACUAUUUAGAUCCCUCACUUCCACUUGUCCUCUGCCAGAUUGUCUUUUGUAUCACCGCCAAACUUUCCAGCGAAUUCCUAGUAAUAGUUCUGAUCUGCCUGUUACGACCCUGUUUGCCUGCCCCUUUUGGAUUUGUUGCCCUGUUUGACUGACCACCCGGUUUUGACCCUGCCUGAAAGAUUAAGUAAACAGCCUUCCCCUGCA